AUGGACCUCGAGAAAUCCAGCCUUGCCCAGCAUCUUUCUUCAUCCAAGUAUAUAGUUGCAUUAAUCGGGGCGGGUAUGUCUGCACCCUCUGGUAUCCCAACAUACCGUGACGCGUCUUCCUCAUCCGGUCUUGAUACUGCCUGGUACGCCACACGAGCUGCAUCCCAAGAACAUCCCGAAGCAGUAUGGCAGUACUACAAUGCCCUUCGCCGAACGGUGUAUCAUGCCUCGCCGAAUCCCGCUCAUUAUGCGCUUGCACGCCUUGCUCGGUUGGAUGACAAUUUUCUGGCCAUUACACAGAAUGUCGACGGUGAUUCGCAGAGAGCGGGCCAUUCUCGUCAAUUAGCAGAGCUGCAUGGCUCGCUGUCCACAACGAAAAUGCUCCAACGAUACAUGCGACCUCACCAUAUCACUAGAUGA